CCAGGUCUCCAGGACGUGCGCGCGCAGGAGGAAAGUGCCUCAGCGUGGCCGCCGCCAGGCGCACCCUCGGGGCCGGGCGGGCCUCUGCAGUGCCAGGCAGGGCCGUUGUGCAGUGCCCAUCACCGUGGAGGCCGUGACCGCUCGGGGUGGCCUCGACUUCCAGAAGAGCCGUUGUAUCGUGGUCCCCACCCCCUCAGUACGCUGGUUCCAAGUCAAAUCAUUCAUGUCAUUGACCUGCUGCUGGCUGAACCGCGAGGCGCUCCAUCCGUCGGGCCCAACCCAGACCCCAGGCUGCAGUGGAAUGAAGGGACACACCAAGGAGCCCUGUCAGUUACGGGAAAAGGGACAGAAGAGCCUCUACACAGAGGGGCAGUCAGUCAGGGAGCUUACACUUCGGCCUCGUCACUGCCCGCCAGGCUCCUCAGGACUGCCCCCUCAGCCCUUCCCAGGCUUGUUGGCCACGACCCUGCCUCCCCGUCAGGCUCCCAGAAGGAAGAGGCCCCGGCGAGAAUGUUCUGACCACAGACAGCACGGGUCGGACGCCAGCUCAUGCUGCCCCCUCCCCAGUGGCACCCGACCUCAGAGGAUGCCCCGUUGGUCUCCUCAUCCCGGAAAGAGAGCAGGGCGCUGAGUCCGUGUCCACACGGGGCAGAAACCAGGAAACGGGCCAGGACCUGCAGCAGGAGUGUGGAGGCCCUGUGCUAUCUGAAGCUCCCGACGUGGAUGGAGAGAGAAGCUUCUGGUCCACGGGGGCGGGCAGGCGUCUCUGCACCAGAGGGGACGUCGCCGCUCCGCACACGAAGGGCUUCCUGGCUGCGGGGACACAGAGGCCGUCACGGGGUCACAUCCCAGACGCCAAGGGCCCCACCAGGUCGAGGAGUGACUCCACAUCUCAUUCCAACUUGCAGGGUCGGGUCAGGGCGGGGCUGCAGAGACGCACGUUGGCAGCUUGGGCAGCAUUUCUGCACUGCUCCCGCAGGGGCCUCGGGGUAGCCCUCCCCGGGGUGCAUUCCCACGCCCUCCCCGCAGAGGGGUCCAGCCUCGGGGCUUUUACAAGCGGCUGAGGGAAGGUGUCUCAGAGCAGUGCAGUCUUUCCUGCUUCACCUUCCCAAUCCAAGUGUGACCUUCACAGAUGCUCACGUCUGCAACGCCCAGCUCCACACAUGGUUACAGGGUCACACACCUGGGGGACACCACCUCCACCCCGGCCCUCGCUUCCCUGUCCUGCAUGCCAGGCGGAGGGCAUGUCUUCUUGCUGCCAUCACAACGCCUGACACUUGGUACCCAAGCUGUGGAAGGUGGGAGGAGAGGAAGGCUGAGGUGAGCAGGGGCUGGGCCAGGCAGGCAGCCUGGUUCAAAGGCUACUGCAGAGAGGAGUGGCCACCAAGCCAGAAGCAAUGAGGACGGGGACAGGACACAAGACCUCAGGAGACUGGGAAGUGGGGACAGAUCAGGACGACCUCCCGCACCCCUGGUGUGGCCUGCAAGGGGGUGACUAUGCAGACCACGGUGGUGGGAGCCAGGCCCAGGCAUGUGGAGGUUGAAGUAUCAGCAUUGGUGGAAGGUUCCAGUAGAUUCUGAUAGGUGUCUGUGGUCUGGAGGCCAGGAGAGAGCUGGGCUGUGUACAGAAGAGGAAGGAGCGAACCCACCCAAGGUGACGUGACUCGGGCAGAGCAGAGCGAGGAAGAUGGAUGGGGAGGGAGCUCCCUCCAAGGGGAGGGUCGGCUGGGUGAGCAACCUGGCUGGCUGCCUGGAGGGAACAGACGGGGUGGAGAGUGACGGAGAAGUGACGGAGGUGACAGCAGGAGAACACAGCUGGAGCAGGGUCAGGAAGCGUGAACCCUAGACAAGCCAGGGCAGGUGUCUGAAGGAAGAGACUCAGGGAUGGGGGAGGCCGACUGCAGGAACAGGGCCCCGGCGGAGGGAGAACGAGACCCGGAGCUCGGAGAGGGGCCUCCUCCUCGCAGUGAGCUGCGCCCAGGUUCCUCCUGCACGGUCCCCAGGAAGCCACUCUAGGAGGUGAUGGAGAGAAGGUGGGCAAGCGCAGGCAGGGAGGAGGGCUCCGCUGUUUCUUUCCACGCCUCAGUCAGGAGCUUUCCAGCGAGAGCAGGCACGCCAGCGCCUGGAGGUCGCGGUGGAAUCUGUCACGUAGGUGAGGACCCUAACUUACCUCUUCUUCUUCCCCAG